AUGUCUGAAGAAAACAAAUCCGUACCACUCUGGCUCCAAAGCCGUGAAGCUGUGAUCGCAGCUACUCCUGCCAGCGCUUGGCGCCAUGGUCGUCCAAACUAUACUAUCACCAACAAGAGACUUGCGGACCAACGUAUCAAGCACUUCGAAGAGGGCAGUUUGGAAAACACGGUUGCAAACUUGGUGCGUAACUUCGAAAUGGAGGCCACCCACAAGGCCAACCCAGCAGACUGGAUUUCCGUGGACCCCAAGGUUUUCAGAAUGGUGGUCAACGGGAGCCGCGAAUACACCGUGGAAGACGUGGUCACCAAAGGUGGCUACAACGUCUUCAUCGGCGACUUGCCCAACUACAACGCCACUGACAGCGACUACGAAAAAUCCGAAGACGUGUUCCGCAAAGCCAUGCGUUCCGGGUUCAUGUGGGAGCUACUCACGCUGGAGACGAACCUUCCCGAGGCCACUUUGACCUGGAGACACUGGGGACGUCAAAACGGUGAGUUCAACGGCCACAAAGGCGACGGAAGCGUGAUGGAUAUCCCAGGCACGUCGAUCGCCACUUUGAACGCGGACAUGAAGUUGGUCAGACUUGAACACAACUUCGACGCCCAAGGCUUGAUCAACUCGUUGUCGGGUGUGUGUCCUUUUGGCCAAAAAUAA